AAACAUGGUCAAACAAUGGGAUUCCUUGAAGAGCUUCCACCUGAAGGUAAUACAUGCCCUCAAAACUUGUUAAACAGUAAAAGGACCUUUUAAAACUCUUUGCUGAUAGUCAGUGAGUAGAGGAAAAACAGCAUUUUAAGCUAUUCCCCUUUUUUGGACUGGUUUAAUCAGCAUGAGAAUGGCUAAAAAUGAGUUUAGCAACAAAAAGGGCAAAUUUUCGGACUAAUCGGGUGUAAUUCAUUCUUGUCCCCAGGGCCUGUCUUUUCUUGGUCACGUGGUCUUGUUACAAUUAAAGCCGAGUGGCUCUGGGGAUGAGAAUGGUUGUAAUUAAACAGCUUUUUAAAUUUUCACGCAUGUGCAUAAGUCAAAAUGGAACUUGUUUUUUUUUUUGUGAAACUACUUUGAUCUUCAUCCUUUCUCGCUGUCUGUUUUCCUUUGCCUUCUAUGCGGUUUUGUUGUCCACUUUAUCUGUAAUAGUACUCAGUUUUAAUGGUCAGGGACAACUUUUUCAUUUAUCUUGUGCAAGGGUGAGAGAUUAUUAUUUGGGCGUCGCCCAGAUCGUUUGUUUUGAUUCAAAGUUGAAAUAGGCACGCAAUACGUGCGAACUUAAACUAGCCAAGCGAUGCGCAUGUCUGCCACGCAAACGACUCAUGCAAGGUAAAACGUAUCCUGGCAAAAUGCUUUUCUAGCAUAGUACUUGAUCCCACUUUUACGACUUCAAAAACCUUGCAACACAAUUCCCAACAGUGCGGGAACUAAGACAUUAAAAGCGAUGAACAAAAUAAUUUUCAAUUUGGAGGAAAAGAUAAACUUAAUCUGAAGCCAGUUACGGUAUUUUUUGUCGGACCUAAAAGCGGCCGUUUUUUUCUCUCAGAAAUUUGGAAGUAUUAAAUUCAGGAAUCAAAUCCGUCAACAAUAUUUGGAAUUUAAGACGGGUUUGGAAUUGGAUCACACCUAAGAUUUUCGUGCUUAGUGUCAGGUGUUUACAUUUGUGAGAAAUGACAUUUCAAAUAUCAUAUUACAAGAAACAUGCUCGGUUUUUUUACUUACGAUGAUUCGUUUAGGUAGUUUAACUUUUUUGCUAUUUUUAUCCAUUCGUAAUUGCUUUAUAUGUUGUUUGAGUUUUACAAGUAAUGAAUAUUUUGUAAUCGUUGGUAGUAUGAAAUAUUAAAAAUCACACUCUGGAAUUGACGCGUUUGGCUUAUAGCCAAGAGUUCGGCAAUGUUUUUGCCCUCAGUUGUCGAAUCUUGAGAGCCAAAGAAGAUGUCAUGCAAUGAUGCAAAUUUCUGUGUUCGUGCAUGAGAUAAAUAGGGAUUAUUUCAAUGAGGGGAAUAACUUGCGAUGAGUGGCCAAAUAUAAAGUAUUUCGGCAGUUUGAUAAUUUUAUUAGAGCCAAUUGAUGUUAGCCUAUUAAUCUUAACGUCGAAUUAUGUGUAAUUUCUUUGCAUAUGUUCGGAAAGGAGGUGAUUUCUUUUAAAUCUUAUUGAGCAAAAUAAUCUCGUAAACAAGUUGCAUUCUUCCACGUUCAAACCGCAAAAGGGGUAAAGCCCAACAUCUUCACAUGCAAACUGCGUGCAUGACAGUUAUUUUUAAAACCCUUGGGUUAGCCAGAUUAACAGUGGCAAAUUCCAAGGCUUUCACUUGCAAACUGCGUGACAAUAAAACUCACAGUAAGGGCCUGAUUAGUGAUUACAUGACCCGCGCUGGCUAGCUCUGCCGAGGUUCCGCCAUUGUUUUAUAGAGAUUGUAAGCCGGGUGCAUGAGUAGUGUGUACACCCGCUGUCCUGUUUCUCGCUUGGUUCAUUUGCCAGACUGCCAGACAAGCGUGAUUACUUGGAAAAUUUCCAGCCGGGAUCCCAGCAUCGCAAUAGUGGGAUCCCAAGUGGGCUGGCUCUGUUGUCAUGUAAUAGCAAAGUUGAUUUUUGUUGCGCUCACCUAAGGGACCGAGAUCUCUGCAAAGCGAGCCAGCCCGGCUCAUGUUAUCGGGCCCUUAGUUUUAUUGCCAGUUUUUACGCCCUCCCGGCCUUGACUUCACCGAUUGUUCAAAGCCGUCCGAACCCACACACCCAAAAUUUCAGCCCCCCAAACUUCUCCAUAUUAAAUGAACUUCCCAUAUCCAAGUUCUCUCCAUACAAAUAUUAUCAAAAAUAGCUGAAAGAAAAUCCUAAACAAGAAGCCUAACAACAUUUGAAAUAAUUACAAGACUGUUUUCGACUAUUGAUAAAAUCUUUUACAACCACAACUUCAUUUUAACAGACUGUAACUAUACUAUCCCUUCAUAACCAAAUAAGCACUCCAACAACUACCUCGCUGCAACGCCUAAAAUCACUUUACCUUCCAAAAAAUAUUUUUUGUUACUUCAUAUCAAAUUCUAUGAGAAAUCAGUUUCACUGAUUAACAAACUACAGCCAUUAUCUUACCAAUCCAAGUCCAAUAUAACUCGACGCCUCCCACUUCACUAAUUUCAACCAAGUCCUAAAGUAUACAACGCACUCAACGCUACUGCACUACUCACACAUCCCUGAUAUACCCAAAAACAUCGCGUACGCCUAGCACAACGACGCCCAAAUAAACGCUCCCACAGCGUCUUGUGUUUCUUGCCAUACCAAAAUGACCUGAUUCAGUCAAGAAAAGGGCAAUAAAACAUGUAAAGAUGAGGAUCAAUUUCGUUUAAAAUCUUGUUCCACUACCUGCCUGCACUUUCUUUCAUCUAAAAUCCUACGAUCCUACAAAUGUAAAAGCUUUCCCAAAAACUUUUCCCAUUGAAAUAAAGCCUAGAAUAUUAUGCUUGGCAAAAGAGAAUAAAAAGGGCAAGAAAGGGGAAAGUGAAAGGUCUAGAAUUUUGCUUUCUGUGCAUGCCUGAACUUCGGAAACUGACAUAAUAUUUUGCAUCUGGAGCAAUCGGCUGCAGAGUGCGCAAACUGUAAAUGGCUUGUUGAUUUUAUGCUCUGUAUAGCUAACUGUGACCAGAAAAUGGGUUGACUUGCUUCAAAACGCCUUUUUUGGCAAAAUUUCUAGGAAAAAUAGGUUGAGCAGGUAUGCAAUAGUUAUACGCCCUAUUAUGCAAAAGCUCGAUCCCCACCAUGCUCAGAUCUAAAUGGGAGGAGGAAAUAGUACGCAACCCAGGUGAACACCACGAGGCCUAUCCUACAUUCAGCGAAUUCUCAGCGAUGAUCCAGGACGAAGCGAGAAAGAGAAAUCACCCUUACGUUUCGGCGGGAGUCAGUACAGCAAAUGGCAUGCACAAAGUCGUCAUUGCGAGGAGAAUCGAAAGAAGCCCCCGUUCCAACCUGGUUUCGAGGUCAAGCAGCCGCUGAAGACCAAUACAGGACACGAUAGCGGCAAAACGCCAGAAAAGAAAACCCCAGAACCCCAGACAUAGAGGCGCUGUUUAUUUCAAAACGAACUGGCCACGAGCUUACAGAGUGCAAGGCCUUUAACAAAAUGAUGGUCAAGAAGAGAGAACAGUGGGUUAAGGAGGAAAGAUUAUGCUUCCGCUUUUUCUCGCCAAACCACAUCGCCAGCGAGUGCAGAGAAAAAGUGAAGUGCGGUAUCUGUAGCACCACAAGACACCCUGAGCUCCUCCAAGCACUGAAGAAAAGAAGCAGAGGAGCAAAGAAAGGGAGCCGGCCAACGGUGGUUCAGAAGUUAUCAGUUUGAAAUGCACAUCGAUAGGCAAAGGUCACCCGGGUGGACCUUCUUGUAGCAAGAUAGUGCUGGUGGAUGUUUAGAUCGCCCCUACGAAGUUCAUCGGGUGUACGCUAUUUUGGAUGACCAAAGUAACGCUUCGAUUAUUAGCACUGAGCUAGCAGACAGGCUAAACGCUGAAGGUCCCGCAUCCAAGUACCACCUUUCUACCUGCGGAGGCACCAAGGUGGUCAAAUAUGGCCGGAGAGUCGCAGGAGUCGUAAUACGGUCCAUCCACGGGAAAACCUCAGUAUUGCCCCCACUUAUAGAGUACGAUGGCAUUCCCCAAGAUAUGAAAGAAACACCGACUCCGGAAAUCACGAGGGAGCAUCGUCAUGUAGGAAGUAUUGCCGAAGAGUUUACCCCUUUCGAUGAGGAGGCGAAGAUCCCUCUUCUUAUCGGCAGAGACACCCCCAGAAUUAUUAAAAGUAAGAGCAUUUAAGAACAGCCCAAAAGGAGCACCAUGGGCUCAGAAGUUAGCCUUGGAGUGACGAUAUCAGGCCAGACCUGUUUACACCUAAAAGAUAGAUCUAUCCAUGUACAAACCAAGAGAACCUGUGUGGCGACAAACUAUUCAAGGACGUGGAUGUAUAUUCUGGUGCCAAUCUGGUUUGCUUUAAUGUCCCAACACAUCCAACAUGUAACGCAAGAGGUGCAAGAGAAGAGUCAAGAUAGUCGCAUGUCCAAAUACACUUCACUUCCGAGAAAGUUUCACCAUGGUCGAUGACGUCGAAAACACAGCAGUUGUCUAUUAAGUGACUCAACAACAACGACCUCAAUUGAAGAUCGAAGAUUCUUAGAGAUUAUGGAAAAGAGGAUUCAUUAGAACGAGCUAGGAAACUGGGAAAUACCAUAACCAUUUCGCCCAAGUAAAGUAUUCAUGCCAAUUCAUGCCAAUACCCAAUCAAAUGUCUAAACGGACUGCUAAGAACCUUUAAACGCAAACCUCAAAUGGAAAAGGACUACAUCGAAUUCUUGGAAAACAUACUAAAAAAAGACCAGGCACACGCAGGCAUACUUUUUAUUUAUUUCUGAAUUGAUUUAGUACGCGUGUCAGCGACGACCAGAAAUGCCUCUCCAGCAGCAGUCUAUCCGCGUGUAUAAAUACACGAAAAUUCAAGGGCCUCGAUUCCAGAGAAAUAACAUCAUUGCCAGAUCUCAAAAAAGUGAUUUACAUGGCACGUCAUUUCAAUCAUCGCCGAAAAUAAAUGGCAUGCUCAUCACAAGACUCAUUUGCAUACAGUGAAAGUUUACAACACCCGACCAUCGCAAUUUUGCUAAUUAAGAUUCUUAUUUUUUUUCGACCACUCAGUAGUGUUCACUUGUCCCAAAGUAAUCAACGCUUUCAAGCGAUAGAAUUCGUGGACUGACACGUUUCGGAAAAGCUCUAAAUUUAAUCUUUCCUAAGCUUUCUUCGCAAAACAUGCGUGGCUUCGAUCAUGCAACGAUUCUUAGUUUCAGUUUCGACGGUCUCCGCAAGGAACGCCUGGCACAAUGAGCUGCCUUUUGUGACCCAAAAUUCGACCAAAAAUUCCGGGGGGUACUUCCAGAAAAAUUGGGUGGGGGUGUGUUGCACGCUUCAAGAAGCCCUUACCAUAUUUCAGACCAAAAUCUGUGAUUUUCCGUACCCAAUUUCAGACCUGAUCCAAAAUUUGAUACCCUAUUUCAUACAUGAAGCCCUGGAGCCCGGCGCGUUACCGGAGAGCGUGACAAGCUGUUAAGGCACGUACACGGUAGUUGGAGUAAACAUUAAAAGGGAAAAAGUCUGAUCGCCAAAUGAUGAAGAAGUAGCUAAUUCUUCUAACAAACAUACCCAAUUCAAGACUAGAGUGCACAAACUAUACCCUACCUUUGGCGCGGCACAUACCUACAUAGCCUAGAUAAGGGACUACCCCCCGGGGCGAAAAACGCGUUGCAGAUAUGAGUCUCGCUGCUUACGCAAACGAGACUAAUAAAGUGAAAACUUGGGAAGGCAAGGUUCAGUUGUCUUCAGAUCAAAUCUAUGUUCGGUCUCCAUUAUAUAAUCGAAAUGUAAAGGGCCGUUAGUGGGGUGGCGAAUGUUGUUAAUAAGAGUCGGACCAAUACUUGAAAAGUAGUUACUGAAAACAGAAGACAGCUCACAUGGAUCGCGAAUAGAAUUAUUGUCAAGUUUUAUCUCUUUUACCCAAAAGCUAUGAGUUUUCCUUGAUGUUAAUUCAUUACUGAUUUGCCACGUCUUGUGUGGAUCACGUUCAUUGUCUUGAAGGGCAUGUUUAUAGUAUUGUUCCUUGGCCUGUUUUAUUUCAUUAUUAACAGCGUUGCGACAUUUCUUGAAUUUCAACCAGUCAUUAGCAUUUCCGAACGGACGGCUUUGAGCUUAAGCAUGUUACGGGCAUGCAUUCUUUUUUUCAAAUGAGGUGUGAUGAUGAUGAUGAUGAUACCUUUAUUAAAGUGUCAAGACUGUAAUAGCGGUGUAUUAGCCUGCGUAGCAGGCGUCGAAAGGGGUAGGGGGUAGGGGAUAGGGAGGAAGGGAAAAAGGGGAGGGGGAUUGGGGAGAGGGGGGGGGGACGCCUGCUCUAAGAACCCCCUUUUGCUCAUAUCUGCGGACGCUGGCGUCCGCAAAUUCCUGAUUGGCUGAGCCGUAAUGAGUAACAUAUUGAAAUGCGCGUUUCACAAAUCAACAAACAGUCAAGAUGGCAGCGGUAGAUGUGGAUGUCGUAGAGAGUGCUUUGAGAGAUGUGAAUUUAUCUAGCGGUAGGGAAACUGUUUUAAAACCACAGCAAGAAUCAGCAGUAAGGGUUCUUUUAGCCGACAGAGAAGUUCUGGCGGUUUUGCGGACCGGAUACGGCAAGAGUUUAAUUUACCAAAUGUUUGUACGCGCGAAGAACUACGAGCUAAAUGGUAAUGCGGCGAUUCUCGUCAUUUCGCCACUGAAAAGUAUCAUCGAAGGCCAGUUGCAGGAGAUGGAAUUGUUGGGCUACCCAGGGAAAGAUUUAGCCAAUUUAUCGAACGAUGACAUUCGCCGAUGUAACUUAGCAAUAAAAGAGGGUGGUUUUACCUCAUGCCAAAAUGCUGCUUAUUCCAAUAAAGUUGUUUUUAUCUGCUGGGUAGAUUAUGGUCUGGAAGGUUCUGCAUUUAUACUGAGCAAAUGUUAUUUUAGCUGCAUGUUUCACACUGAGAGGUCAUGACAUACAUAUCGAUUGGCUGUAGUUAUUGUUUUCUGGUCGGCAGGAUUUGCCCCGGAUUUGCCCUCUGAUACAAGCGCAAUUUCUUUGUCCUCUUUUGAAGCGUAAAGCUUUUUUUAUUACGGCUGAAUAAGGGUUCCAAUUUUCUCCAAAGUGCCUUCUGGAUCUGAAUAACUAAGCGAAUUUCUUUAGUCCGUGAGUGUAAUGUUUUUCUGCAACGGCGAGUGUAGCGACACUUGAUUGACAGUAAGCGUAAUCGGAUUACUAGAAAAUUGGUAGGCGUUAUGUAAAAACAUAGGCUCUUAGAGCAGGCGCUCCCUUCCCUUUUCCCUUUCUCCCUUCCCCCUCCCCCUCCCUCUCCCCUUUUUGCGCCUGCCACGCAGGCUACGGUGUAUAACCACUAAGUGGGGACACUAAAAUAAAUUUAAAAAGAAUAAAUCAAUUAAUAGAUUAAUUAAAAUUAAGAAAAACUAUGUACAGUAUAAGCAAGUGAGAAAUUCGAGAGAACUAUAAACAAUAUGUACAAAUGUAUCAUUAUCUUAUAAAAAAUAAGAAAUUAAAGAUUAAGAAGUGCAAAGAGAGCAGUUAGAGCAGUUAUUGUCACCUAAUAGCAUGCUAAGAUCCACUUUUCUGAUGUUAUAUUUGAAGGAGGACAACGUGGAAGCUUUUUUAACGUUACUAGUAACAGAACUCCAUACCUUUGGGCCCAUAUACCUGAGCGAGUGCUUUCCAAAGGAGACUGUGUUGAAUCUGGGUAUAGUGAAGUCAUGAUAGGCAGUUCAUACUUAACUGCAGAUUGUUCAAAGAGAGUGCAAAUUUAUGUUGGGCACAUGUUGUUUUUAACUUUAUACACGAGAAUAGCUAUGUCCUGUAGUCGCCGGUUGUGUAGAGUAGAUAGCCCGGCCAUAGACAGUAAUUGACCGUAGGACGAAUGUUUAUCACAAUAUAUAGCCCUAAGUGCUCUUUCCUGGAUACGCUCUAGUCGUCUAGAAUCACUAGCACGGCAAAAAUGCCAUAUAAGAUGACAGUAGGUUAAAUACGGGAGAACAGCUGCCUUAUAUAACUGUAACUUAGUAAUCCAAGGUGAUUUCAUCGCAGGAACGCGCUUGGAACGUAGCGGGGCGUGCUUAUCGACACAUUGAGAGAAAAGACUUUUCCAAGCUUUCCACAUAUCAUUAGGAUCUUCAUAGUUGUUUACACUGUCCCAGUUUUGCUGGGAAAUAUCGAAAUGAAAACUAGCAGAAUUAAAAUUUUUAAAUUUCCUAUAAGUUACUGUCGAAUGACCUUUAAAGGAGGAUGGAUCAAUCUAGACUAUGGUCGCUUAGGUUUACAUGAGAUACACUCGAACAAACAACUCUGUCCAAGUAAUUUGUAAAGAUUACAUCAGUCAAAGUAGAGGAAGCACUUUUCACUCCAGUUGGGGUGUUUAUAAGUUGAUGGAGACCGUAGACAUCCGAUAAAUUAGAUAAUAACACAGUAUUGUUAUCGGGUUGAGACGAAGCAAAGUUACAGUUGAAAUCACCCAUUAAAUCAAAUUCAGCAUUUUCAGAAUCAAGUUUACCGAUCAAAGUUUCAAGAUAAGAGAAAAUUUCUGUUGAUGAACUAGGAGGUUUACACCAGGUCGCGAUGAGAAAAGGCUUGGUUCUAGGUUUACGAAUUUCAAUACAAAGGUUUUCCAGGGAUUGAAUACUUAGGUCGGGGCGCAAAGAAUAAUUCAUACUAGAGCGAACAUAGAAACAACCGCCCCCACCAAGCCUACCAUCAUGUUCUCGAUCACGCGAAUGAUCUCGUAACCGGAAAUGUAAACCUCGUUACCACUAACCGAUUCAUCAAACCUUGUUUCAUUAAUCUACAUUGAUUCGAGGGUCGUCUUGGGCUACAUUUGCAACGAAACCCGACGAUUUCACACCUACGUGCCAAAUCAGGUGCAAGCCAUACGAAAGGUCGCUUCCCCCGAAAAAUGGAGAUAAGUUGAAAGUUCUAACAAUCCUGCUGACCUGGCCACGCGUGGUCUACACCUCAAGGAGCUUGCAGAGUCAACCUGGCUUAACAGUCCCGAGUUCCUGCGCAAUGCCUCACAAGUCACGUCACCCAGCGCGGAACAAGUGAUCCGGCCUAAGUACCGACGACCACAAGUUGAGAAAGGAGUUGAAGCCUCUUAGAACAGGUGCCACGUCAGCGAAGUCCCCCACCCUAGGGACGGAGAGAUUUGUGAGAUACUUAUCCUGGUUCUCCCUGAGACGCACCAUUGCCAUCCUGAUAGUCAAGGCAAGAUCGCUGAACGGACCAAACCUCGGUAGUGGCUUGACAACACAGUUUAAUCCUUGUCAUCACCCAUCCCCUGAUGUGAUCACCAAGGCUGCGGAGGCGAUCAUCAAAGCAGUCCAGAGGGAAGCCUUUAAAGAGGAGUUUGACGCUAUCGUUCAAAGGACGAAUAACAACGAGAGCCGUGAUGGAGCCAGAGCAAGGAAAAGGUCCCAGAAGAAAUCGAAUCUCUACCAGCUAGACCCCUACGACGACAGCAUGGGAAUAAUUAGAGUGGGUGGUCGUCUUCGUCAGGCCAACCUGAGUUUUAACUUGCCUAGUCGCUGUACGAUGUUUUCCCAGUCCCUCGCGGUCAAUUCACUUCGGUGACGUAUUGGAGGCGAGCGGGCGGGAAAUGCCAAGGCCAAAAUAGAAUGCGCAUGCGUGCGUUGCUUUUUGAAAUUCAAGAUGUUGUCAAUGUUGCGGACAGUGGAAAAUUUUUUUAAAAAAAAUCCUUGUGGAUAUUUGCGGAAUCGACUCUUGCCGACCGUCUUUGAAAAGUCAUUAGAAUGUCAUUCAUAGUCCUGUGGAGAUUGAUUCUGCUCCUUCAAUCUCAUCAUUCCAACUGAGCUAUCGGCGUUUACAGCUCUUAACCCAUUGAAAGGACCGCGAAUAUUCAAAGUAAAACUGAAUACUUUAGCGACCCUCUGUGUAGUAAACUUAGAGCGCAAAUCUUGAAUAAUCAGAAAAAACAUACUUUCAAAUUCAUUAGCUACGUAUCGAAAAGUGCCCAAAAACUGAACCUAACGAUAAAAAUCCUAUAAAAUUCGCGGACAUUAACUGAAGUGGUGCGUGUAAUGUGAGAAGCAUUAUAUUCUGCUUGGUUGUUUUUUCAGCUAAUGUUAUCAAUAAAAGAACACACAACAGGCAGACAAAUUAUUUCUCGAAUUUUUUUUUAAAACCCCAUAAAUUAAUCCUUAAAAGCAAUUCGGGUAACACAAACUUGGCUCGUGCAUCCGUUCACGCAAGUAAAAUCGGCUGAGUACAUGGUAAAAAUUGUUUAACACAAAUCUCAAACCAGGGCGCUCAAGCCGAUCUCAAAAUGUAUUAAACGUCUAAGAUAAAGUAGUUACAAAUACAUAAAUUCCCUUAGCCUCAGCAGCUCGAGUUUUACGUGCAGGAUUUUAAGAGGUUCCAUAGUGGAACAAAAGAUGGCAGAUCAGAAAUUGGACCCCGUUUUACCAAUGUCAGAUUCGAUGUGUUCGGACCUUAGACGGUUCAGACAAGGAGGACAAGUUGAGGAGUGGUGAACAAUAAACGCUGGAGUCUAGUUUUCACGUGUUUAGCAAGUAGACUGACUGAGUACUUUUUAAAGAAUGGCACGAUUGCUAAUUAGCUCGCUAUUUAUGAUUAGUAAACAUUAGAAUUACUUGCCCCAAAAAUGCAACUUGGUGGCUCAUUGUACUUAGAGAAAUUCAUUUUGGAAAUUCCAUAUAUCUUAGACUAAGUUGUGCUCCAGCCAUACUAACUAACAGUAUUGGUUGUUGAAACAGACCUACAAGGAUAAAGGAAACUUUCUGUAACAAUGAGGUGCGGGUGAGGUGCCCAUGUUAAAUGGGUGUUUAUAAAGAGGGGAUAAACUCUUAUUAAUUGUGCAUAGUUUUGUUGCACUAAGCUUUCCGGCAUAAAUUGUUUUACUGUUUUUAUCUCACCACAUCCUUUCUGUUUUAAUAUCAAGUGGUGUCAGUGAGCCUGGAAGAAGAUAUUGACUCAGAAGAUGAUUCCAUAAGUGAGGUUAGAUUUUGCAUUUCGUAAAGAUUCAGUUUACAUGGCGCCCAAGUUUUUAUUUAAUUAAAGGUAGCAAAUCUCUUUGGUACAAGUGUUUUUACUCUUACGUUUCAAAGGUCUCGUUGCAAUGAAUAUACUUGUCAAAGAUAAUGCAGUAAUCUCCAGUUCGUCAACACUCUGCAAUGUUUACAAAGAUCAAAAUCAAUGUACUGGCCCUCCAAAGUGCAUUAAUCUUUGACAAGUAUAUUUGUGUCUAGUUUGAAAAACUCAGUAUUUUACGCAGGCAUAAUCCAAAGAGAAGUAUCUGUGAUGGGACAUGACAAUAAUAAUCAGGAUUUUCUCUUAAGUUUUAAGUAGAUGAAGGUUCCUGUACGGAAUGUUCAGAUACCUUGGAGCCUUCUUUAUACUUACUGUCUCUUUCUUUCUCCUUUUUGGAAGGAAAUAAUUUCUCAGAAUGAAAAUGAUGUAGUUAUCGAGGACAUAUUUGAAAGGAGUUCAACGACACAAAGAAAUGUUUCAAAUGAAAACAUUGAAGAGGAAGAUGGUGCUGAAUCAGAAGGGACAUCUGACAAGAAUGGUCAUGUAGUUAAACAUGAAGUGUUUCAGAAUAAGGAUUGUAUUGAUCAGGACAUGGACCCUAAAAUAAGAAAAGGCCUAAAGAAGAUACAAAAACUGGAUGCAAUUCUGGCUGAUAAACUGCAGGUUACUAUCCCAUUGACUUCAGAAUUUGUCAAAAUUUUUACAUUGCUUAACCUAUUUACACGUCAAAGGUCAUCUGUGUUCAAACACGUCCCCAUUGUUGUUUACUGAAAAGUCACAGAUGUAUUUGACACCAAACUUGUCGAUAGGGGUAAAAAAGAUCUUUCAAACCAUAUCUAAAUGAGCUUUGAGUCAGUCAAACAGGUCAGAAAAAAAUGCAGAAAACUACCCGACUGUACUUCCUAUGACCUUCAAACAUAAUCAUUAUCCUCAAGGUAAUAAUAAUGAUAAUGAUAAUAUAUAGAUUUAGCCAGGGCUAAAAGCGAAGCUCUGGUUAAUAAUACGUGUAAACAAAAAAAAAUUAAUCGUGUAGCGGUAAACGGGGACGAUAAUGAAAAUGGCUUCAAGACUAAUAGAUCUAAUUAGCAAAAAAAACAAACUGCACGUGCACCACACUUUUUCCUCUUAUUAGCAAAAAACCAGUUUGCACGUGCAGCACCCUUUUUUGUCUUUCCCUUGCCGUUGUUUUGCAUGACUACAACGCUGUUUUGUACGACUAAAACGUCAAACUUCCUAGUUACACAUUAUUUUUAUGGAGGAAUUGUCGUAUGUGCUUACCCAAUAUUUUGUUUCCUGUGUUCAUGUUCGCGUUUAUUUUUCACUGCCGCUCAUUUUCACCUUACUGGCCGCUAGCAUUUCUCAUUUUCUCACCGCCGCUUUGAAUUUCCAUGUUUUUCUUCCUACGAAAUUCGUCUCCUUUGUUUUCAAUAACUCGCUCUAGCUCUCUGUUAUCCACGUUAGGGAACAGCGGAACAAAAGCAACGAAGAAGAGCCCUGAUGAGAGAAUGAAGGAAAUAUAUGAAGCACAGGCAGGUGAAAUGAGGAAGAAUAUUUCAAUCGCUGCGGUCGAAAUAGAAAG